UUUUAGAAAUACUUUAAUUGGAUUAAAUAAAAAAGGACACUUAUGAUGUUUAAUUUUAUCUUUUGUUAACUAAUUUAAGUACAAAUUUUACAAGGACAAACUUCAAUAUUUAGGUACAAAAUGGCUGGUAAUCUUAAGGUUAUAUCAUCUAAUGAAGAAACUGCAAGUGACAAUGAAAACAAUGACUAUGUUUUAAAAGAUAUUGAACCUCCUGAAUCUCCUGUUUUUCAGCCCAGAAAAAAAUUUCUUUAUUCCCCAGAAGUUAAAGAUGCAGAAAAUACUCAAGUUAAUAAUAGUCAGUUGCUUUUCAAUAACAGGACUCAAUCUUUAACUGCUUAUGAACAAAUUAUUAUUAUCAAAGGGAAACAAGAACAUUUAUUGAAAUCUAUUGAAAGCGGAUGUGAUUUUUUUUCAAUAUGUAAACUCCAUGACGAAAUAAAGUUGAUGUUGGGAAAUGUACACAAAAUUUUAUCGAUAAAAAAAAAUAAAUUGAAUGAAUUACAUCAUUCACAAAUGGAAACAGAUUCACAACUACCAUGCAGUCAAACAUCAUCAACUUGCAACCAGUCAUCCAUUAUGAGUGCUGCCCAGCGCAUUCUAGUUCACCAAAAAAUGCUUAUAAAACUUUUCAAUAUUCAGAAGUUAAUUAGCUUAAAAAUGGAUAGUAAAAAAAGAUUGACUGAUAAUAAACAUUGUGUAUUAGCAAAUAAUUCUGCCAUAAACGAGGUAUCAGAUGAAUUAGUGCUUUCUGAAAGCCAGAAAACACAAAAUUUAAUAAGAAAUCUUGUUGCAACGAGUUAUAAUGAAAAAGAUCAGCAUGUAGAUGAUAAGGUUGAUGUGUUACCUUUUUCAAACUCCCAAUCUUGCAAUAUAUUUGUGCAGAUGUUACACAAAGGCGUAAUGAAUGCUGGUGAUGAUGUUUUGUCAAUAAAUUACAAGGGUAAAAAAGUUUAUGCUGGGCUAAGAAAGGAUGGCAGUAUUUACAGUAAAGGUAAAGAUUUUCAAUCAGUCGAAGAUUGGAUAUUUUUUAUUCGUGGUGCAAAAGUUUCUAAGCAAACACUAAUGAAAAUGGUUAGAUAUAUUGGAAAACCCCUUUCAUCACUAAUGCUGUCAAAUAACAAAAAAUUGCUAAAGUCUGAUGCAGGAACUAGUUAUUGCACCGGUCAAGAAAUUUCGAACAGUGAUAAUUCGGUAUUUUUAAAAAAGGUGCCAAUUCAAUCUAUUAUUCCAGAAGAAAGUAAUUUUUCACUUCAGUCUCAAUUCUCAUUGAAUGUUAACGUUCAAAAAAAUACAGAAACAGUUCAAUCGAUUAGUGAUGAUAUUCAAAUGAAUGAUAUUAAGACAAAUCAAUCAAACGUUUGUAGUACGGAAAUUGAUGCUCUUGAGACAAAACAAUCGAGCAUCAGAACCACCCAACUAACGGAUUGUAUACAGGCAACAAAACCAAAUAAAGAGGCAACUUCAAAAAAUAAAAAAAGGUUUUUCGAUAUGGAAGUUAAAAAAGAUUUUAUUGAAAGCAUUUGUAAUAUCCGACUAUUUGACAAAGACGAGUUUGUAAAAUCAUCAGAUAUUUUACCUGAUGGCUUCUGGGAUAGCACUUUUUUUAAAAUUGAUGAAGAGUUUAUAAGGCGAGUAGGAUUUUAGUAUUUAUAGUAUUUUAUUUUCAAUUAACUAAGUUCUAGAU